GAGGUGAAGGAGAGGCUCCCCUUGCAGAUAACCAAGCGCCUCCCAGCCCCCCUGAGCUGAGGAUGGUGCUGCUUGGAAAGACUGGGGCUGGGACGAGUGCAGCAGGAAACACCAUCCUGGGCAGAGAGGAGUUCAGAUCUGAAGCCAGCUCCUCUGCAGUAACGAGGGAGUGUGAGAAGAGAAAAGGACAAGUGGCUGGGAGACCUGUUGCUGUGAUCAACACCCCAGAGCUCUCUCAGGACAAACUCCAGAUUAGGAGCUGUGUCUCUCUGUCUGCCCCGGGACCCCACGCUUUCCUCCUGGUGAUACCGGUGGGCCGAUUCACAGAGGAAGAGAGGAGAGCAGUGGAGACAGUCCAGGAGAUAUUCAGUGAGGAGGCUGUGAGGAGCUACACGAUGCUGCUUUUCACACACGGUGACAAACUGAAAGGCAAGACCAUUGAGGAUUAUAUUCAGAGAGGCAGCAAGGAGCUCCAGCAGCUUGUUGAGAAAUGUGGGAACAGGUAUCAUGUUCUCAACACUGAGGACAGGAGCGAUCGCACUCAGGUCACACAGCUCCUGGACAAGAUAGACAACAUGGUGAAGGGAAACAACGGCAGCUACUACACCAGUGAGAUGUACCAGCAAGCAGAAGCAAAGAUCAGACAAAGACAAGAGGAGAUACUGAAGGAGAAGGAAGAGACAAUACUGAGGGAGGAAGAGGAGCUGAGGGCAAAGCACCUGAAAGAACUAGAGAACAUGAAAACGAAGAUGAGAUUGGAAAUCCAGAAAAGAGACGAGAAGAUCAGAGAGCUGGAGGAGAGGAUCGGAGAGCUGGAGGAAGAGCUGAGGAAAGAACAGGGAGAGAAUCUCAGGAUCAAACUGGAGGAAGAGCUGAGGAGAAAGAGAGAGGAGAGAGAAAGGGCAGAGCGAGAGAAGGAGGAUUGCAUGGAGAAGGGGGAGAGAGAGAGGGGAGAGUACGAGGAGAAACACAGGAGAGAGAUGGAAGCGGUCAGGCAGCGCUGCAUGGAAAGGCUGAGGGAAGAAGCAGAGAAGUCCAAUGACUUUGUGAAGCACAGUGUGAAGCUAGCAGCAGUAUUACUGGGAGCAGUGGCAGGGGCUCUGCUAGGGGCGGCAGCAGGAGCUCUCAGGGGUCCUUCGGGAGCUGCAGCCGGAGCUGCUAUUGGAUCUGUAGCAGGAGCACAAGUAGGAUCUGUGAUAGGAGGAGAAGCCAGGGCAGGAGUAGGAGAGAGCUCAGAGAGACACACACACAGAGAAGCAGAGAGCUCAAUAAACUCCUAAACUCACAGCCCUACAGG